GCGGGUAGUACGAUGACUUGUAGUACUUAUGGAGAGGAAAGGGAGCCAGGAUCCCAAGAUGUGUAGAGUUGCAUUGCUAUUCUGAUGAGAAGGGUGAGUUGAGACUCGAGAAUGGGUUUCUCAGAAGCAGUGCAAUGGUGGGAGGAGUGGCAGCUGCGCAUCCUUGUCUUGGGAAGCCUCUCCCUCCAGUACUUCCUCUUCGUCGCCGCAGCCUUGCGCAAGCGCCGUACUCCAUCGUGGUUCAGGUCUUUAACUUGGCUGGCCUACCUAGGGAGUGAUGCUCUGGCGAUAUUCGCCCUCGCCACCCUCUUCAACCGCCACAAGCAGCGGGAACGGGCGUCCACACACCGCAGCAACGACGUGAGUCUCGAGGUGUUAUGGGUGCCCAUCCUCUUGCUGCACCUUGGCGGGCAAGACGGCAUAACUGCUCACUCCAUCGAGGACAAUCAGAUGUGGGCGCGCCAUGUUCUAACUGCGAUGUCUCAGAUCGCCAUAGCCAUCUAUGUGUUUCGCAAGUCAUGGUCAGGCGGGGACGAGAGACUGUUUAAAGCAACAAUCUUGACCUUCAUCCCCGGGAUUCUCAAGUGCUUGGAGAAGCCAUGGGCCCUCAAGAAGGCUAGCAUCAACAGCAUGGCGAGAGCUUUUGGUAAAAGGGUCCACGAAGCGACUGGCGUCAAUUCGCUCGACGGAUACGUGCAAGCUGCAGCGCGUUGCGUCCGAGACGACAGCGACGGUGGCGAGGAACCAUCUGAUGGCGAAGUGAAUGAUAAGCCCUACAGACUCUUCGUGGACCUGCCGUACUCGUAUUUUGUUCGGCUUCAGAACCUAAAAUGCAUGGUGCGAAUUAGCAAAGACGAGGUGCAACUCCGGCUGUGCUCGGGGCUCUCCAACACGUUCCAUCGUCUCUACACCAAGAGCGAGGUGUACAAAGGUCGCAGAGGUGGUCUGCUACGGGGCGUGUCCGUGAUCCUGACCUUCUCGGCCAUCUGGUUCUUCCACAAGAGUGACCGGGAAGCCUACGACGACACCGACGUCAAGGUCACGUUCAUCUUGCUGUGGUUCACCGCCGCCCUGGAGUACAUCUCAGUCGCCUUGAAGUCAUAUUUGAACUGUUUCCUGAACCUGACUGGGCUCCCACAGCCUGACCAAGUUGCCCAGUACAACCUCAUAGGGCACCUGGCCUGCAACAAGAAGCGCGCUAUACUUACGCUCCGGCUGGGCUGCCUCGACCGAUUCUGCUGCAUGCCGGCGGCGGCGGGCGAGUCUUCCGGCAGCAUCACCAACCUCGUCCACGACCACAUCACACACGGGUGGAGGCACUGCAUCACAGACGUGGCCACGUACCGCAGCUUCAACGACAACCGUGGCCAGUGGACACUCGCGCGCGAGGGGUGCGGCAACCUGGAGACGAGACUACAGAGGCCGUUCGACGAGAGCGUCCUCGUGUGGCACCUCGCUACGGAUUUCUGCUUCCACCAGGCGUCUCGGUGGCCUCCAGAAGCCGCCCGCCACUGCAGGGUGAUGUCCAACUACAUGGCGUAUCUGCUGUUCGUUAACCCGGAGAUGUUGAUGCCAGGCGCUAGGCACGGCCUCAUCAAGGCUGCCUGCAACGAGAUCAUGGACCUGCUCAAGAUGCAUCAGCUACGCAAUCCACCGGAGUCCAUGAACAACACGGCACCACCGGUGGAGGCCGAUGCAGAGCUCGCGAAGAAGAUAUUCAGGACACUGGAGAACAGUGCUGAUUCACGUUUCGCUCACGACGCCUUGGCGCUCGCCAAAGGGCUCAUGGGCAUAAGCGACAGGGGGGAGGGGGAGACGAAGAUGUGGAAGGUGAUCCAGGGCGCGUGGGUGGAGAUGCUCUGCUUCUCUGCCGCCAGGUGCAGAGGGUACCUGCACGCCAAGAGCUUGGGCAAUGGCGGCGAGUACCUCUCCUACGUCUGGCUCCUCCUGUGGUACAUGGGGAUGGAGACCUUGGCGGAGAGGAUGCAAAGGACGGAGCUGCAUGAGAAUGGAGACAUGGGCGUCUCUCCAAUACAAUCGGCGCAAGAAAAUGACAGAGCGCGCUCAUUCCUCCUCCCCAUCUUCACCACUACGACCAAUUGGCGCUGAGUUGUGGAAGCAUGGAGACAGUUUCGUCCUGGUUGAUUUCCCUUUCUGCAGAAUAUUUGUUUCGCUUUGUUUCUUUCAGGCAUGUGUGUUGGUGUCGUUACUGCUGAAAUUCUGCAUUCCUGCAACCAGUCUUGUUCCU